GAGGUGGUCGCCAUCUUGCGUACGGAGUGGAGGCUUGUUUCUCGGCUCCUGAGGGCCGGGCGUUCAGUCCCACCCGGUCUCUGUUUGGGGAAGGUCUCCGGGCUUCUUUCACCUACAUUUUGAGGUCAAUGCAGAACUGUGGUAUAAGAUGCCGUAUGGUGAAAUUGAAGCUAAAUCCAUAGGACAUGAGGAAGAACUAAUAAGUGAACCAUGCUCCAAGAAAUUGAAGUCUAAUGAAGAGGCAUAUGUUUUCCCCCAUCAUGGUAGUGGUAAUUUUCACAGAAAGCAAGAGAAAACUGGAAGUGAUUGGACCCCUGUAAUCAUCACUAAUGUUAGAGGACAUAGUUAUCCUCAGGAGGACAAAACCCAAACUACAGAUUUGCUGAAACCUGUGCAUGAUGGGAUGCCUAGUGACAGACCAGAUGUUAUUGAGUCUGUUGAUUUGCAAGUUGUACAGGAUAUGCAUCCUCCAUUGGUAUCCACAGAUGAUGAGAUAUAUAGCACAAGUAAAGCAUUUAUAGGACCCAUUUACAAACCCCCUGAGAAAAAAAAAUGUAAUGACAGGAGGAAUCAAGCAGACACUAUCAAUGGUAGAGAUGGCAAAAGAGAACAAAAGAAACAGAAAUUUAACUCCAAAAAAUCAGAGAUUGACAAUGAAUUGUUCCAGUUUUACAAAGAAAUUGAAGAGCUUGAAAAUGAAAAAGAUGAUUCAGAAAGCAGUUGUAAGGAACCAGAACCCUCUGAGAAACAACUCGUUCCAUAUUAUCAGAGCCAUGAUAAUGAUCGGUUAAAAUCUGAAGAAGAAAAGAAAAAAUAUCUUAGUAAUGGCCUUCAACCACAUUGUGGUAAUCAACAGUGCAUGGUGAAUGAGCCAGGUAAAUAUCCUUGUAAUGGACAAGUAAUACCUACAUUUUAUGACAAUUCAUUUACUUCCUUCAGGCCUGAGUGGCAAACAAUGCAUUCUUUUGUAGUACCACAAGACCCUCAUCUUCCCAGUUUUAACUAUCACUUAAAUAUUCAAAGAUUGAGUGUUCCACCAGAUCCACCAUCAAAUAUUUUCCAUGCCCAGGAUGACUUUGAGAUGCAGAAUGGAUAUUUUAUAAAUAGUUGUCAUGCUAACUGGGAUUGUUUGACUUUUAAUGAGAACAAUGAAUAUACUGACUGCAGUGAUAUUACCAGUGGUGAUCAUCCCUCUAGAAAUGACUAUAAUGUGCAAGAUGGGUAUGCAAGUAAUGGUUUCUGUGAAACCAGUGAAGGAUACUGGAAAGAUCCUUCUGUGGACGAGUGUAAUGGAACAGACAGGUUUAUAAACCAGCAGUUUCAAGAGGAAAAGUUACAUAAAUUGCAGAAGUUACUCAUUCUUUUAAGAGGUUUGCCUGGUUCUGGGAAAACAACAUUGUCUCGAAUUCUGCUUGGUCAGAGUCGUGAUGGCAUUGUGUUCAGCACUGAUGACUAUUUUCACCAUCAAGAUGGGUACAGGUAUAAUGUUAAUCAACUUGGUGAUGCCCAUGACUGGAACCAGAACAGAGCAAAGCAAGCUAUCAAUCAGGGGAGAUCGCCAGUCAUAAUAGACAACACUAAUACACAAGCUUGGGAAAUGAAACCAUAUGUGGAAAUGGCCAUAGGAAAAGGAUACAGAGUAGAGUUUCAUGAACCUGAAACUUGGUGGAAAUUUGAUCCUGAAGAAUUAGAAAAGAGGAAUAAACAUGGUGUGUCUCGAAAGAAGAUUGCUCAGAUGUUGGAUCGUUAUGAAUAUCAAAUGUCCAUCUCUAUUGUAAUGAAUUCAGUGGAACCGCCACACAAAAGCACACAAAGACCUCCUCCUUCACAGGAGAGACAGAGGUGGGGAGGCUCUCUAGGCUCGCAUAAUGAAGUCUGUGUUACAGAUAAUCGUUAGGUUGGCUAUUUUCAGCUAACUCAUUUGUUGCUUGCCCUUAAAAAAAUUUAGUGAGCCUGCCUUGAAACUUAAGUAGUUUCAGAUUUUAAAAAAAGACCACAUUGCCUCACAAAAGAUGUUCCCAGCAAGUUGUUUAAAUUCUGAAGUGUAAAUAAAAAUUAUAUAAAAUUGUAUUUUAAAUGUUUUUAUAAUCUUUUGUUGUAAUACUUUUGGUUAUUAUGAAGACCCCUGAGCAGAGUGGGUAGGAACCAGAAUGUUUUUCUAUAAUUGAAUUUUAAACUGAUUUUAUCUUUUAUAGAUGUCAGACAGUUUUACAGUUCAUACCUAAAUUCAACUUUUCAUAAAACUUUAGUAUUUUUCUUUGACUAACUUAAAUAUAUAAGAAAUACUAACUUGUUAUAGGCACUUUAGUUGACUCCUCUAUUCAUAAUACUGGUAAAAUUAUGUUUUUCUGCAAAUUCAUCUUUAUAAAAAAGUAUUUCUAAGCUAUAAUUAGCAUAUCACUUACUAAAACAAAAUUCUCUGUCAAAUGCCAAUACAGUAGGUAUAUCAGUCACCAAGGGUUUUUUCUCCAUAAUUUACAUUUUCAUCACCCUUCUUCUUAAAGCCAUUCUCUGUCUCCCCAUACUCCCCAAUUCUGGAAUGAAAAACAGGGCAACCACUAUAUAGUUUACAAAAACUCUUCAUGUUAUUCUGAUAGUACAUAACUUUUCUCUGUUUAACACAGUAUAAUUCUAGUGUAAAAAUAUUUUAGACAGCUCCUUAGCAUUAAUUGUAGGAAGAUUUGUCCUCUGGAAUGUUUUACUUCUCUGGGUUUUAGCUUUUCUUUAAGGACAACUGUGUAUCUCACUUUAUCGUUUUUGUUAGAUUGUGUUCCAUCACUUAAAAUUUUAAAACCGAGAUGGAAUUCAUUUCAGAGGUCUUGGGCAAUUCAUCCUAAUUUUGCUUUGAUUUAUCCAUUUUUAGGGGAAAAAAAAGUGCUAAUUACAACUGUUGAAAAUUUUUUAUGUGUUUUACAUGGUAAUAGUUCAUGUCCUUUAAGUCUUUCUCCUAAACCAACCUAUCCUAAAUCCUAUAGUAUUUUUUUCUUUAAUUUUAUUUUAUAUGAAGUAUAGUUGAUUAACAGUGUUGUGGUGGUUACAGGUGUAGAGCAAAGUGGUGAAUCCCAUAAUCUUCAGAUGUUGUUUUAAAACUUUUUAGUGUUUUUUUUUUUCGGCUUUAAAUGUUCUCUCAAAUCUUUAUAUUACUUUUUAACUAAUAUUAUUAAGUAAUACUAAUUGCAAGGCUCAAAACUAAGCAUAGUACUUUUAACAAGGUCUUUAUUACAUUGCCUCUAAUGAGAUAAUAUGAUUUUUAUUUGUAGUCUCUAGUACUGUUUAUAUUUAAAUGAGCAUUACUGUAUUUUAUUUUGUUUUGACACAUAUGUAUGUUUGUAUAUAUUUGUUCAUCCUAACUAUGGUAUAGUAGAAAUAUACUAACUCAUGUUUUAUGUAUAAAUGUAUAUACAAUUAUAAAUGUUCAUGUUUCCUUUAUUCACUAUUUUCAUAGUUCUUUUGUUUCAGAAUAGUACUUCCUGGUAUUUGGGCUUGCUUUUCCCAGCAUUUUAUUAUGUAAAUUGACAUUUUGAAAUAGAAAAGAAGGAUUUAGUUUUGGGACAAGAGAAACAACUGUUAGUUAUAUAUUGUGUGUCCCUUUCCCUUUGUCCUUAUAAAACUUUAUUUAGAAGUAAUAGUACCAUUAGGUUUUGAACAGCAGCCAGAUUUAUUUCGAGGAUCUAGAGAAUUGCCUUUGGAAGAUACAAAUGAUGAAGCAACUUGUUCAUAAUAGUAAGUCUAUAAAAUAAAUUUCUAGUUUUUAUUACAGAUUAAAUGUCAUCUCCUAAUAUUUCUGAGUACUAAAGAGAUUGUUAAUCAUUACCAAAUAUUUUUAAAAGUUAUAAAUGUUUACUGAGGCGAGGAGGUAACAUUCUAGAAGAUGUUUUUGUUGGGGCUUUUUGUAUUUUUUUUGUUUGUGUUUUGGCCACACCACUUGGUAUGUAGGAUCUCAGUUCCUUGACUAGGGAUGGAACCUGCACCCCCUGCAUUGGAAACAUGGAGUCUGAACCACUGGACCACCUGGGAAGUCCCUAAUUUUUUUUUUUUUUAAGACAGUAAAUUAAAAGUUCCCCCAAGCAUUUUGACUAAUGUUAUUUUUUACUUUUGAACAGUAACAGAACAGAGAAAUGAAUAUGCAAUAAAAGAUGAAAUUCACCAAUUAAAAGUUUUUUCAUCCAAAUUUUUCCUUCUAUUCAGACAUUCUUUUUUAAAAUUUAGAUAUAUUCCUAAUGGACUAGCUCCCUCUGCUGCUUCCUGUCAUUCUGAGUUGGUCUCCAUCACAAAGAAAAAAUGGGCAUUACUCAUCAUAUUUAACUAAGGUGAACAUUUUAAACAAAAUGUAGAUUCUAGUCUGGUUCAGAAAGAUUCUUUUUUCAUAGACUUGUAAAAAUCACUUCUCCAGUUUUCUAUAUGUCAAUACUGCCAAUAAAAAUAUUUGUGUGGUAAUUAA